UAGGGUACCCACACAUCGCCCUUCAGUGAGGUCCGCGAUUUGAUUCUCCGCGACCAUCUUCUGCUCGGCAUGCCCUUCCAGACGACAUCUCUUCUCCCCUUGACUGUGUCUGUCUCCUCUGUGCCUGACAGCCUGAGCCCUCCCACCAGCGAGCCCCUCCACCCCCGACCCGACGACCAGCACCACCACGACACAGACCGACUGCCUAUUGCACCUGCCUCCGCGGGCUCAGACGCACCUUCCGCAACUUCUUCAGCGAGCAAGAGCAGCCCGCCCCCGCCUUCCUCCCGUGCCAUCAACCACGCGAGACGCUACACCCUCUCCCGCUUCCCUCUCCUCCGCAAAGGCAGCCGCGAAUUGAGCAGGACGCCAUCUACCACAAAGAGCCCCGCCGAAUCGCCCUUUUACGCUACAGGUGCACCACGCUCCUCACAGUCUCUUGCGCGUGGGCCCGAUCUUUCUCCCGCACGCGAGCCCGCCAGCCCCUACGACGACGGCGACGUCAUAGCUGAAGAGGCGGAAAACACACACCGUUUGCCAGACAGGCCGAGAGCAGGCAAGCCCGACAAGAUGCACCAAACAAGUUCGCGGUUACUCCGCAUGACCGACGAUGAGCGGCCCUUUACGAGGGUGAGUACAACCAUUCAGCAACUUUUUGAAGCCCAUAAUUUUGUUACCUCCGUCACAUCCCAUGGAGCCGGAGUCUCUAGUAGAUUCUAUUCCUACGAGACAACAGCGACCACAUGGGGGAAAGCUUGGGAAGUCGGUCACAGUAACCACUAUGAUCCACUUCCAGAGGCCAACCAAAGAGUAAAGGAGCCACCCUUUUGAAGCCUGAAGAACCACUGGGCGAUAAGCUGCGACGAGCAAUAUUCCAUGUUCCCGAGAUAUUCACUUGUCUAUGGAAUCGCGGAGGUUUGUUGUAGUACUGGAUUUACUGCGUGCUUUUUGGGACCAAUUUGGAAUUGCAUCGGGAAUGACACACGCUGGAAAUGCGCCCGCAGUCUGACACCUGCCUUGUGCCUUGGAACUUCCCGUAUUCGCUGCUAUAGCAGUACCAAAUUUUGAGCAUGGACAUGAAUUUAGCUAACACAUCAAUUCAGGACUUCAAGGACCUCUUCUCGA